GACAGAUUAAAGAUGAGAUUAGAUGAAUUGGAUAAGGAAGAAAAAGAACAAGAUACACAAUAUAUGGCUCAAAAGGAUUAUCUUCGCCAUUUGGAAAAGUUAAACGAUGAAUUGAAAGAUGCUUGGAACAUACAUAAUGAUCGUGUUAAAUCUUUAAAGAUUGUCAUUAAAUGUUCUAAAAUUCUCGGAAAAAGCACUGUUCCUCAAUUUUACCCAAGUAUGUUUGUAUUGGUCAGUGAAGUUUUGGAUACUUUUGGAAAAUUGGUUUAUAACAGAAUUAAGGAGAAGGCUAACCGUACUGAUCCUAUCACUGGUAAAAUUAUUUCCAAAUUACCAAAGGAAUUUUCCUUACAUGAUGUUACUGAAGAUGCUAAAGAAGUUUGUAGAAAUUGGCAUUAUAAGGUUGCUUCUAUUCGUGAACUUUUAGGUAGACUUUAUUUGGAAAUGACAAUUUUGUCUAGUUAUAGAUUUAUUUAUGAUGGAGAUGUCAGACUCAAGAAAGAUUUUGUUAGAAUUGCAAAGGAAAUUAGAGGUAUUGGUGAUCCACUUAUUGCCAACUAUGCUCGUUGCUAUUUAGCAAGAAAAGGGUUUGAAUUGAUUCCAGAUGAAAAGGAAUAUUUAAUGAUCUUGUUCGAUGAUUUUGUCUAUACACAACAACAAAUGGAAGAAGAGCACUUUACCAAAUUCCUCAACAAGGUUGGUAUCAAUAAGGGUCAAUACUUUGAUCUUUUAGCUCCUGCUCUCGAUUGGAUUUUGGAAGUUUUGGGUAAGGAUGCUGGAGAACCACUUUUCCACAAAGUUUUAGAUAGAUAUCAAAAAGAAGGAAAAUCAAGUGCCAUCUUCUUGAACAGUAUCAUCAAUUCAUUUGAAGCUCACUUGGUUGCUCAAGCUGCCUCCAUUCUUAUUUAUGAAAUUAAGAAUUGUGACGAUUCUCUCCCUAGACAUAUUCUUUUCAAAUCUUUGGGAGAACAAUUUUGCGUUUGUCCACCAGAUGACAAGAACAAAUUGGAACUCUUGAACGAAAUUUGGAAAUUUGUUACAACCAUGAAGGAAAUUGUUGAUUAUACAUCAGUUGUUGAAGUCUUUAUUGAAUUUGUCUGUAAAUCAUUUUCUCUCAAGGAAGUUGGUAUUUUACUCAGAGACUUGCUUCAACACUUGAAGAAUAGUGGUAUGACAACAUUUGAAAUUGUGGAAGCUGACAUUCAAAAUAUUCUCUUGACAAUUUUGGAAAAUACUGAUGAUUUUAUCAAGGCAUUCAAUCUGCAACAAUUCUUGCCACUUUUUGACAUGCUUUCGAAUAUUAGAAGAGUUGAAGUCAGUAAGGGAAUGUUGAAGGCAUUUGCAAAGAGAAAGAGCACAACAGCAGCUGAUCCUGUUGUUAUUAGCUCCUUGUUCGAUCUUGCACAAACUGUCCAAAACUCUGUAAAUGAACUCUCACAAGAUUUUGAAAAGGAAGAAGUUUGUGAAGCUCUCGUUGGCUUUGUAAAUGGCAUUGACUUUGGUAUGGCAUUGGAAAAACAACUCAACUUUUUCGUUGAUUGCAGAAAAUCAUUCUCAAUGUUUGAUAGCAUUAAUGAAGCAUUAAUCACCAAGACAUUGAAUAUGAUUGCUAAAACUUACAAAUUUGUGAAGGCUCAACACUCUACCAAGACAAGUUCCUUUGUCAAGGCAUGUAUUUCCUUCUGUCACAUUACAAUUCCUUCCCUCUCUAAUCUUUUCAAGAGAACCAAACUUUAUGUUUUGAGUGGGCAAUAUGCAGUCAUGAACAAUUUACUUCCUCAAGCAAAUUCAUUAUUCAAGCUUGCCAUUGAAACAAUUAACAGUAUUCCAAGAAUUGAAACACUCGCUGAUAAUACAGUUAUAGAUAAUACUGAAGAUUUGGUUUCAUUGAUUUGUUUCAUUUCCAGUUGCUUUGUUUCAGUUCCAGGUCACCCUGAACAAGGUCCAUUCUAUCUUAUGAGAGGUUUAUUGAACUUGAUUCAGGAAUAUGAUUGGGGAGUUGGAUCAGAUGCCAAGAUUCGUCUCUUCAUCUACACCUUAUCAACAUUAAGUGCCUUAGCUCAAGAAAACCUUCCAUACACUUACACAGGUGUGAGCAGUAAUGAUGAAUUGUUCAUGGAAGAUGACGAUUACAAACAACAAAUUAUUGCUAUUGGUAACACUAUAAUUGGAAAGACUGUAGAGGAAAUAAUGUCGCUAGGUAAAGAUGAAGAUUUCUCCUCGAAGAGGAAGCAAGCAUUGUGCGCAGCAGAAUUGCUCAACUCUAUUGUAUUUAUAUCAGCAUUUAAUAAUCAAUUGUUAGGACUUGUUGGAGAUUUGUACAAAUUAGCUCAAAAUGAUGACCAAGCACGUAAGAUUGUAAACAACAUUAAGAAUAAUGUCAAUUAUCUUGCCACCUCAGAUCGUCUCAAUGUUAUUGGUUACUCCUCCAAAGAACCAAUCAUGAAAAAACAAUUCAAAUUGGACAAGCAACAAUUUACCGUUUUACAAUCUAAAGUUUUCUCUCAAUAAUAAAUUUAUUCUAUUUUA